GCGCGGGGAAAAUACAGUUCUAUGACACUGGAAGAGGGUCUCACCCCCGACAGAUCGUCCGAUUUGUUCCCUCCCACCCCCCCGUUGACGUCUGUCAAAAUCCCGUUCUAUAGUUAGAUAAGUUCGCGGCGCGCCGAAAAUAAACCGGCGAGGCGUCCUCCUUCGACGCGGACCGGGGCGCACGGAUGCUCAGGAGUCGCGUCAUGUCGUCCCUCGUGCAGAUAGACGGCAGCUUGGGCGAGGGUGGUGGACAAGUGUUGCGCGUUGCCCUGAGCUUGAGCGCGCUCUACGGCAUCCCGAUCGAGAUCGAUAAUAUUCGCGCCGGACGGCCCAAGCCCGGUCUCGCGGCGCAGCACUUGAAAGGCCUGGAGCUGGUCAAGGAGAUGUGCAACGCCCAAGUCAGAGGAGGAUACAUAGGAUCGACGCACUUGGAAUUCCGUCCCGGCCCACCGAACACGGCCAAGAGGACGUUUGUGGCGGACACGCAAACCGCCGGGAGCAUUUGCUUAUUGGCGCAAACAGCACUGCCGUGCGCCCUAUUCUUCCCGUCUGACGACCCGAUCACGCUCAUCCUCAAGGGCGGCACGAACGUCCCCAUGAGCCCGCACAUAGAAUAUUUAACGGAGGUGUUCAAGCCGAUGCUGAACAAAUUCGGAGCAGACUUCGACUUCGUGAUCGUCAAGAGGGGAUAUUAUCCAAAGGGAGGAGGCGAGUUGCAUCUACGCUUGAAGCCGGUCCGUAACUUAAACGCGGUCACCUUAACCGACCUGGGAGUUCCCCUGGGAAUAACAGGAUGGGCUUACGUCGCUGGAUCGGUUCACAUUAACGAGGCGUGCAGGAUGGCCGACGAUGCUAAGGCGUGGCUAACAGACAAAUUAGUAACAAAUAACAUUCGAGUACCGCCGAUCACAAUUGAAGCUUACAGGGAAGACAGAGGAUUGGCGGUCGGAAACGGCUGCGGUAUUAAUAUAGUGUGCAACACCAGUACGGGAUGCGUCCUCGGCGGCUCCGGCUUAGAUCCUAAGCACCAGAUGGGAAUGCCGCCCGGUAAAGCAGCGGCUCGCGAAAUUCUGAACCCGCUCCUAACAGGGUCGUGUGUCGACGUAGACAUGCAGGAUCAGGUAAAACGGAUAACGUGCUCCAAGGGCUGGACUUGAACUUUUGGAUUAACGCGUCACUU